AUGACAGCCAAACAAUGCGCCGAAAAAAUGAAAAGUUUCAAGGUGAAUAUUAUUAAUGGCUAACGUCUGAAUGUGAACAUUUUCAGUCGAAAGAAGAGUAUAUGACUGCAAUUCCAUCAGAAGAAAUUCAGCGAUUUACUUCGAAAGCGAUUCUCGGUCGUAAAGGGCAUCCUCUGAAGUGCUUUAACUGUGAACGAGUGUAUGCCUCUGCUACCGGAUUCCUCUCUCAUUUACGGAAAUGCGAUGUUAGUUCAAAUCGAACUUGACUGAACUUUUUAGUUUAUUACAAUCUCAGAUCAAAACGACUGAAGAAAUUGAUGCCGAUGCGCUGAUGUAUCGUGCGACACCGAGUUCUUGGUUGAAAAUAGAAAAGAAGGACCAAAAGGCCGUUUUAGAGAAAAUCGUUGGAAAAAACUAUGAAUGCUUCUCACCGGGAUGCUCAAAGAAGUGCACUUCUCUGCAAUCUUUGAUUGAUCAUCUAGACACGUGUGUGAAACCUCUCUACUUUUCGUUAAGUGCCCAAGAAUUCCGAAGCUUAGACAAGAAGGAAAAGUCUAGAGCUGUUCGAGAUGGACUGAAACUGGGAUCACUACCAUGUCUCGUUUGCGGUCGACUGUAUUCGCAUCACUUCGGUCUCAUAUAUCACGUGGAAAGAUGCCAACUAAAAGCAUCGGUAAAUAGAAAGCUCACUAUUGCAAAAAGUUAAUUUUUUCCAGGAGCAGCCAUGGAAAUGUUGGCGCUGCGGAUUCGAGGCAAAAGCAAUUGAUAAAAGCGCGCAUUUAGCAGAGUGUACGAGAGUUGCUGCAGAAGCUGUGGAAAAGAAGGUGGAAUCAUUGUUGCUGGAACCAAGACUGGAAGAAGAGCAGCCGAGCGCGAAACGGAGGAGGCAAAAUGGAGCUCCAAGGGCAACUUCGAGAAAAGACGGAUCUAUUCUAUAUCGAUAUCGUAAAUCCACAGUAACCAGGGAAUUCAACGGAUUAGUCACUAUUCGUGAUCAGCAAAAGUAUGAACAAGCUUGCUCUUCAGUUUACGAUAGUUGGAAAGACGCGUCAGCAGAAGUCGCAUUCUGUGAUCGUUUGGCUCAAAUUCAAAAGUCAGAAUUGGAAACUACAGCUCUAGAAGAAGCGAAUCAGUUUCAUGGAAUCCUCACACGACAAUCAGUCACUCUGCUCUCUCGCAAACUAGAAGGAUUACAAGAAAGCGUUCCAUCCGGAGUCAGGGUCAAUGCUCGAGAAAGUACGACGAUUAGCAAUGAUCAAAAUGUGAAAACGACGGUUGCUUUCUGUGGAGCGCCGAUAAAUGCAGUGAAAGUAGCGCCGGGGCAGACGCUGAAUGGUGAUGACGUCAUUUGCGUGUCAACUUUUGCCAACGAAACUAACCUGGAAUCCGACUCCAGUCUUGUUCAGUUUUGGAGACAUCGAGUCGACAAAAACAGAAGCGAAUUGGAAUUGUGGUUUCUACUUUAUCUUCCCAAUCGUGGAACAGUCUUAUCCAUGACCUGGCUUCAAAAAUACUCUGCACCUGAAGAAGGUCUCAUCGGCUUUGCUGCUUUCUCAACUACCCGCGGAGAGGUUCUGAUCUACAGAAUCGAUUCACCUAGUGUCACUCCGAAAUCCAAUGGAUUGCAAGUAGUUGUUCUGGAGCCGCACCUAAUUCUGAAGCUUCAAAAAAGAAACGAUAAGCAACAACACACCAAUCUAAAAUCUACGAUUAAAACUGAAGGAGAUAGCGACGAACCCGCGUUGCCUGAAAUUGACGAAUCUGUUGUUCCCAUUAUCAAAAUCAGCUGGUGUGCUCAGGACGGAGGAAAAAGUCUUGUUGGCAUCAGUGCACUCGGCGAAGUCAUUUUGUGGGAUUUGAACGGGGAUCUGGAGAAUCCAGUGCACAAAGUUGACGAGGAAUGGCAGUCUCCUCCAUCAGAUAUCGCUUUCCUGAAUUCCAAACACAUUGUCGUGAGCUUUCGAGAGAAAUUGAUCAAAGUGCUGAAUUUAGACGAUUGGGGAGUUAAGUUGGAAGAAAACACCAUGAAGACUGCAGGUUUGAUUCGACAAAUUUCGUUUUGAAUUGAAUCUCAAGGCUUUCAAUUUUAGGUUCACGUGUUCACACUGAUGCGAGAAUUGUGAGUAGCUUCUUCACAUUUCAAAGCGAAUACACGGGCUUCCCAUACCCUAAUGCUACCAGUGUCGCCUAUAUUAACAUGGAAGUCGACUCACCAUUUCUAGUCCUGAUACCCACUGGAAAUACGUAAGUUCUCUAGUUUCCUAAAUAUAAAACCUAAUCACAAAAAAUGCUUCCCGGUUUACCAAACGGUCACGUGGGAAUACAACGCUUUUUGAAAUUACCCAAAAAAAACCUGUCCACUUUAGGCAUCAGCUAAUGACGUGGGAUGUUGCGAUAAAUCCUGCGACAGGAACAUUGAUGUCUUCGGGAGUUGACGGCAGACUUUUUGCCUCUGCGAGUGGACGACUGCUGAAAGAAGGAAAGCUGCCUUUCUUCGCUAAUCGAAGUUUGAUGACGUUGAAGAAGAGAUACGUGCACAAUGAUCCCAAAACGGUUGCAGAAUUAUUGAACUCCGUUAAGACCGAAGAAGUAUCUUGAAAUAGGAGAACUCCAAACUGAUUCAACCCAUUUUCAGAAUGCGUCAGAAUCCUCGAAACUGAACGAAAAGAGAAAAGAGCCGUUAGAGGAAAGUAUUUUGAUGCAUGACGAUGUCUGCAAAAAGAUGUGGCUUGAGGUCGUAUUUGAUGAGCCAUUCGAGCCCGGACGUCCAGAGUUGUCAUGCCGAGAUCAGCGCAUCGAGUCCCUGAACUGCGUGGAUACAAACACGAACAAGAAGUUUCCAGUUGCUUUUGUUGGCGGCGAGGCUGGCUUAUUGUUCGCGGUUUCGAGCAACCUAAUCAUUCAAGAAUUGGAUCUUUAA